UGAUCUGCAAGGGUAUAAAAAAUAGUGACACUUCAAAGCAACAUGCUUUUAUUAUUCUGUUCAUUGCCGAUACUAUUGAAAGAAGUAUACUGAAUUCUACAUGAUCAUGAUGUUUAUAUGUAUAUAUUUUUUAUUAUUGGUUUUUUUAGCUAUACUCGACAACAAUCACAUUUCACACACUUUAAUAUUGAUAAUGGCCUAGGAAUAAAUAUUUUAAUAAUGCAAUGUAGAUUUUAGAUUGGUAUAAUGUUAUGAUUGGCUUAUAUUUUACCAACCUACAAUGUACCGUGCCUUGUUAACAUAUUUAUCUCUACGUCAUUGGAAAUAUCGAAUUAGUUAGCUGAUCUCUUUAAUUAAGUUGCUGCCGGCUAUAUAAACUAAACCUCAGACAUGCUUCUGUCAGUUAAAUUUUUGAAAAAUGUAUUGUCAUUUGUUUGUUGAAUUGAGUCUUCUAUUCCUCUUAUUCAACAGUUGUAAAGCAGCGCGGAAAUGGGAAUACGAACCCUUAACACUGGAAUUCUUCUCUUCGGAUCCGAAACUAGUAAAAACCGACUUAAAGAUCGUUCGAAUGGGGCGUGCGGACUUCGGACUGUCUGGAACUGUCGAGUGGAAUUACGAUGCCACCGACGAAACUAUGGUCGAACUUACUGCCUUUCGCAGUAAUUCGGGAGAUGAGAGCGACUACAAGAUGCUCCCUUGGUCGAUUCCCAAACAAUCCCUUUUUGAUUAUCUCAACUCCUACUACAAGGACAUGUUUAUGAAGGACCUUGUCUCCUGCAGUAAUGCGCCACAAUUUGAGGACAAAUUUGAUGAGUCCUCGAUUAAACAGAAAUAUUACGCAGAAAAAUGCAUCAUUAAUGGCGAAGGGCUACCGGAUAUGGUACCCCCCGGAUUCUACAAACUCAUAUCUAAUUGCACCGGACCAGAUCAGCCCUCUUGGAGCUUUGUUGCUGUCGUAAAAUUAACAAGCAAAAUGUUUUAAGUCAACGGAAACCGUCAAAAAUAAAAAAAAAUCUUUUCAUAAGAACCGUCUUAACUUGAAAGGAGAAACAAAAGUAAAACAAGAAAGGAAGCUUAGUUGCCGAAGCUUGCCGAAGCUAGCUUCCUUUCUUGUUUGGAUCUUUCCUAAGGCAGCUAAUGAUAGAGUUAUCCGACUUGGAUAAAAUUUAAUCCGAAAUUCAAUAGCCGUCGGAAAACGCCAUCUGGAAGAAAUUAAGUCGAUCUGAAAAAACGCCGUAAGAAUUUUUUUUUUCAUUCUCUCGUAUGAAAGCUAUUCGAUAUAGACGGCCGAUCCGGCCCGUUCCGACUUAG